CCUCCUUCUCCCUCUUCCCCAGGGCCGAACCCAGCGCUGGGCCGGGAUGUUGCCACCCUCGAAGGAACGGCCCCGGAGAGCCGGGGAGCAGCUGGGUGGGCGUCAGGAGAGACCCCCGCCCCAGAGCUGGCGGGUGCUGGCUGAGAGGAACCAGACCGUGGCCCCCGUGGGCGUCUGGGUGGAAAGCGCCCCGGGGGAGCCAGAGGAGAGCCUGGCCUUCGCUUCAGCGUUUCAGGUGGAGGAGGAGCUGAAGGAGCAGCAACGGGAGAAGGCAGCCAGCCUGAAGCGUUUCCAGGGAGAGGUGAAGCAGCGGGUGAACCAGCAGGUCAGGAUGCGAAGAAAGCAGCAGCUGCAGAAGUCCUAUGAAGCGGCAGAGAGGGAGAGCUGUGUCACCAUGCAGUACUGGGACUCCGCGCUGCGCUUGACCCCCAGGAAGAACACGUGCCUGUUUCGGAGCCACCCCGCACCCGCCAUCUGCGGUCCUGGUGUUUGUGCUGUCUGGGCACAGCGGCAAGGGAUGCAAAGCGAGCCGUUCCAGCAGCAAGCCGCCAAGCUUAGCAAAACCGUGAAGCAAGUUCGGCGCAGGCUGGCGUCCUGCAAAACCGUGCCCCAAGGAGCGGGUCCUCCCGAACUCCCUGGUGGCAUCUGGAGGCGAGAGAAACCAGAGUCUUGCAAGGCAGCCCCAGUGCCCGCGGAAGAUGAGAGUGAGGAACUGCUUCUAGCAGGACAUCAUGAUCUUCCAGCUGAACUGCAAGACCAGGGGACGGCCCCGCAUCAAGCUGAGCGAGACGAUGACUUCUAUAUCAAAAUUGAAUUUGAAAAAUUCUGUGACAGAUCAGAGAAGGACUCGAGCUUGCCCGAGCCUCCCCAGAGGCUGCACACCGAUUACCCAGCUCCCCUCGUACUCUGGACCGGCGCAGACCAAGAGGAAACCAAGAAGCAGCGUCAGAACGAGUACCUGAGCUACAGGCGCCUCUUCAUGAACAUCGAGCGAGAGCAAGUGAAGGAACAGCAGAGGCAGAAAGAGAGGCAGAAGAGAAUCGCCGAGAUUAAAAGCAAGAAGGAGAACCAGCGCCGGGCGGAAGAGCAGAGGAUGCGGGAGACAGCUCAUCAGCAAGAACCCUCCCUGGGAGAGGGAGCCUGUGAAACCCUGGCCCGGCUUAAACUGGAGGAGAGGAGAGUGGAGAAGGUGAAGGAAAAACAGCAGCGAAAUAAGGAAUACGUGAGGUACAUCGAAGCUCUAAGAGCCCGGAUGCGAGAGAAGAUAAAACUAUAUAACAUCGACUUGCCCCCGCUGUGCUCCUGCGGGUCCGAUUUCUGGGACUCCCACCCGGAUACCUGCGCCAACAACUGCGUCUUCUACAAAAACCACAAAGCCUACAGCCACGCUCUGCACUCUGUCAUCUCGUCCUGCGACCCCGCGGGCAGGAGCCCCUCGGCGAGGCUGCCGCUCCGCGACCUGGCCGCUCUCUGCGCUCGCUGGGGGAAGCAUCCGUGACGAGGGCAGCCGCGUGUCGUCGUUGUCGUCCCCCUCCUGUAUUUCGGCGACUGUUGUGAGUAGAGAGCAGGGCUGUACCCUGUCCCUCCACUCCAUCCAGGAUGGCACCUUCGCUCUCCUACUCCUUGUGCUCUUAUUUUGCACCGCGUGCGUGGUUGGCCGGACCAGGAGCGCGGGAGCGAUGGUAGGUGCGGAGGAGCCCGUUGCUCUUGAGUUGCACUUGAAUUUUGGCAUUCAGCUGCGGAAUAAACUGUUUUCGAGGGUUGCUUUGUCUCAGUGGGAGCGUGA